UAUCGAUAACUAAACAUAUCAACUCGAUAUAUUGGUAGCGAUUAUCGCGCACGCGACGUACAAGAAAAUAAACAAAUCGCAUUUUCAUAAAAAUAAAACCAUAAACAAAUCAAAGAAUGAGCGAUGCGGCUGAUGAAACGAAGACAGAGGGCGCGACGACAAAGGUCUUCUUUAAGAAGUCCUCACGCAAAAAUCUACGCCAACGCAAAAACUCUGAUGACGAGGAAAAGGAGGAAAAGCUAACGUUGGACGAUAUUAAGGAACGCCAACGUCUGCGUCAUCGUCCAAAUGGUGUUAGCCUUGUGGGUCUGGCCCUUGGCAAGAAAAUCGCUCCGGAGGAGGAGUUGGCCAUAAAGGAUCCCUUCAAUGUGAAAUCUGGGGGCCUAGUCAACAUGGCCACAUUGAAAUCUGGCAAAAUGAAGGAAGCCGAGGAUCCUUACGAUGUGGGCAUUGGCACACAGUUCUCUGCUGAGACGAACAAACGCGAUGAAGACGAGGAGAUGAUGAAAUAUAUUGAGCUAGAGCUGCAGAAGCGAAAGGGUGGUGGCACAGAUGCCGCAGACAAUGACGACGGUGAUGUAAAUAAAUAUCUAACACCCGAAGACGCGGCACUAUAUGCACUGCCUGACCACUUGCGGCAAUCGUCCACGCACAGAUCAGAGGAGAUGUUGUCCAAUCAAAUGUUAAACGGCAUUCCUGAGGUAGACCUGGGCAUUCAGGCCAAGAUCUGCAAUAUAGAGGCCACGGAGGAUGCAAAACAGAAACUGCUGCAGGAUGCAAAGAACAAGAAGGACGGACCGUCACAGUUUGUGCCCACGAACAUGGCUGUCAACUUUAUGCAACACAAUCGAUUCAAUAUCGAGGAGAACAGCGAACAGCGAAGACGCAAAAGGGAGGAGAGGGAGGGAAAAAAAACAGCACAGAACCACACAGGUCCCAAUGGUGUGAAGCGUGCGACCGACGACUAUCAUUAUGACAAGUUUAGGAAACAGUUCCGCAGAUAUUAAAAGUACAAUGGUUUUAAUUAUAAGAAAAUAGCUUGUUUUAUUGUCAAAUUAACUACAACUAUAUUUAUAUAGGAAUACAAGCGGUGCGUGUUUCACCAUCUGAAAAAAGAGAAAACAGCAUUGAUUAGUCAUCAGAUUUCUCGCAGGGUCUUUAAAUAAUGCACUAAACAUAUCAGUAAGAGACAAACUUAUUUCAAAGCAACGAAUGACUGAAGCUCAAUGAGAUUCCUACUCAAAAAAUCAUCACAAUAUACUAAUUUACAGGAUCAUGAACUCUA